AUGGGGACGACUGUGACCGACGUAAUUGAGUCCAAGUCCCCAAAGCAGUCCAUCUCCCCCACACGGCAAGGUUCCAUCGUCAGCGCGAAGAUCGAUUCUCUCACCAAGCCGGACAUUACGUCUAAUGCUCCGGCGACCAAGCCACUUGCACCACCGCCUCGACCAGGACAAUCACAGCAAGGCUCCAACACACCGGAAUACUACGCGCCUCAGGUUUCUGGAGGCUCCCUCAGCCUGGAGCCCAAUCCGUUUGAGCAGUCGUUUGGGGGUGGUGGUCCAGAAACUCCUGGAGGAACCAAGCUCCCCAGCGUCGCUGCUUUGACGUCGCCCUCGUCCCUGCUGCCCGGGAGCAACGCGACUCCCUUCAACUGGGGCGGAGGCUCCCUGCGGACCGGCCCGCUAAGCCCUGCCAUGCUGUCCGGACCUACCGACUACUUUGGCGAUACACAUCACCUGCGCGGCGGCUUCCCUACGCCCAACGAGUCUUCGCUGCGCACUGGACUGACUCCGGGCGGGAGCGGGUCUAUGUUCCCGGCCCCGAGUCCCAACUCUGCCCUCUUUGCCCAGCUGGCCAGUGGUGGUGCGACUCCCAGCACCCUCGACUUUCACCGAACAGCUCUGAGCGCCGCCGCAAAGCGGGAACAGGCUGCUCGAGCUCAGCCGCCUGCACCGCAGCCGCCCGCGGUCACCUCUCAGCCUCAGGACAUGACCAACGGCACCGUUAUCCCCAAAGCCGAGCCCAAAUCUUCAUCCGGGCCAUUUGAUCCCCACGAUAACGACGCGGCCAACGGUCUUUUCAUGCUCGCCCAAGGCCGCAACGGGGCUCAACCUACACCUCAAUUCACAGUCACAACUGCACCUACCGCGCACGCACACCCGCCCCCCGCAAUUCAAUCGAAUAUCAACACGUCGCCGCCAAUGGCCAACAACGUUAAAGUAGACUCCAAACGGGGAGUCAGUGAAAUCAGCAACGGCUCGGAUGAAAGUGACCAGAAGCCGCAGACACGAGGCAAGGGAAAGAAGAACCCCCCUGCCGCCAAUGGCAGGAGAAAAGCUGAUGAGAUGCCUGCCAAGGCACCCGCUGCCAAGAAAACCAAGGCCAACAGCGGCGCGGCCAGCUCCGUUGACGAGGAACAUUCAGAUGAGGACAUGGAUAGGUUUGAUGAAAAUGCUCCUGGAAGGUCUAAGAUGACGGAUGAGGAAAAGCGUAAGAACUUUUUGGAACGUAACCGUGUGGCUGCCCUCAAAUGUCGACAACGCAAGAAGCAGUGGCUGGCUAAUCUCCAGACCAAGGUCGAGAUGUUUAGUAGUGAAAACGACGCCUUGACGCAGCAGAUUACGCAACUGCGAGAAGAGGUGGUCAAUCUCAAAACUCUUCUGCUUGCUCACAAGGAUUGCCCCGUGACUCAGAGCCAAGGUCUCCACGGUGCUUUCAUGUCACAAGUAGUUGAGCCUUUCAACCCGCAGAUGAAUCCCUAUGGGAUGGCGGCCCCGAUACCUGCUCAACAAGCCAUGGUUGGCCAGGGUGUCCAACGGCGCUUUUCUUAG